AUGUCGACUCCUGUGCACGAAAUUCAGGAACCUUCGUAUCACGAUGAUGCCACGCAUAUCCCCCCUGAAAAUGAAGCCACGUUGGACGACGCGGAGGCCGAGUACGAGGCUCGUGGCAGGCACAACCUGAGGCUAGAUACCGUCCGCGAGAUGUCUAGUAUGUCCGAGUCGUCUCCGUCAGCAGUGCGUGAGCAGUCGCUGAGGCUAGACGACGAUCUGGCUGUGCUCCAGGCAGAGCGUGUGGUGUCAAACUCUCAGCGUGAGGAUGAGCUCAGUGAAGGGGCCUCGCUGCAUCAGACUCGGUCGCGGCCGGAACAGGUCGAUGAGUUCGAUGUUGCUACCAACCCGUUACAUGAGACAGCUGCAAUCUACAAUCCGCCUGAGAACCCCCAAUCGAAUCUCGCCCGGAUCUUCAUCAAGAUUCACAGCUCAAGUUUCCUGAUCCGAUAUUUCUUUUACAUCACACCCGUGACGCUGAUUAUUUUGAUCCCGCUGUUAUUGGGGGCUCUGGUCUUUAAAACGGCCAAUGUUGGUGGCGUCCAGCUGAUGUGGUUUAGUAUUUGGUUGGAGAUCUUUUGGUUGACUCUCUGGGCGGGUAGAAUCACCGCAAAAUGUGUUCCUCACGUCCUGGGCACAGUUUCAUCCAUGUUCACCAACAGUGCGAAGAAAUGGCGCGAUCUCGGCAGGGAAUUGGAAUUGCCAAUCACUCUCUUCUUCUGGUGGCUGGGAGUUGAGGUGUCGUUUUUGCCGACCAUGACCAAUCAUCACGUGGACCGCAAUACAUCAGUCAAGUCAUGGGAGAACACGAUGAACAAAGUCAUUGUUUCUAUUUUUGUGGGAGCGAUUCUCAACUUGAUCGAGAAGAUUAUCAUUCAACUGAUCGCCAUCAGCUUUCAUACGCGUACCUAUGCCGAUCGCAUCGAAAUCAACAAAUUCCAAAUCGGGAGCUUGACCAAGCUGUAUACCUACUCUCGAGAGAUGAUCUCUGAAAAGGACGAGGACUUUGCAAACCAUGACAGUGCGGGCCACUCCGGUAUGAAAACGCCCUUGAACGUAGCUGGGGCAGCGAUGCGCGUUGGCAAGAAGACCCUGAACAAGGUUGGAGACGUCGCUGGAGCAGUCGCCGGCGACUUUACAGGCAGAAAGAUACACAAGAGCAGUCACCCACACCAGGUUGUUCUGACCCUGCUCAGCACCACAACGGGCGGUCAGGUGUUGGCAAGACGACUGUACCGUACCUUUGUGCGCCCUGGGUUCGAAUCAGUCUUUUCUGGUGAUUUGAAAGCGGCUUUUGACAACAACGAGGAAGCGGAAGCCGCCUUCACGAUGUUUGAUAAGGAUAUGAACGGAGACAUCUCUAUGGAGGAACUGGAGGCCGUUUGUGUUGAGAUAGGUCGCGAAAGAAAAUCUAUCACGGCGUCUUUGAAGGACUUGGACUCGGUUGUGGGCAGACUAGAUGCGGUUUUGUUUUUCCUCGUCUGCGUUAUCACGAUCUUGGUUUUUCUGUCUCUGAUUUCAACUUCGGCCGCCGGUGUAUUGACUUCGGCGGGAUCGACUAUCCUAGCGCUUUCGUGGCUCUUCUCUGCCACGGCCCAGGAGUUUUUGCAGUCGGUGAUUUUCGUGUUUGUUAAGCAUCCGUUUGACGUGGGCGACCGAGUGACUAUUUAUGGCAACACGGGGGCGAACUUGACUGGAGACGACUACUUUGUGAAGGAGAUCUCUCUCUUGUACACAGAAUUCAAGAAGAUGGAGGGCCAUGUUGUCCAAGCUCCCAACAGUUAUCUCAAUACGCUUUUUAUCCUCAAUCAGCGUCGCUCUGGUGGCCUCGCUGAAGCGGUGCCUAUUGUUAUCAAGUACGGAACCACGAUUGAACAGAUGGACGCGCUACGACAGCGUCUACUAGAAUUCGUACGAGUAGAGAAACGUGAAUACCAAGGAAAUAUCAUCACGGAGCUCAGAGAAGUCAGCGAAGCCUUUUCGCUCACUCUCAAUGUUGUGUUUUUCUACAAGUCUAACUGGCAAAACGAAGGUCUCCGUCUUCAGAGACGCAACAAGUUUAUUUGCAUGCUCAUGCUCUCCAUGCAAGAGAUCGGCAUCGAGGGACCUCGUAUGAAUCUCCAGGGAGCACACGUCGAUUACCCCUUCCAUGUCAACCACCACGGUCAACCGCCCAGCUAUGCGGCAUCGACGAGACACGGCGGCAACGAAGCAGCACCACAACACGAAACUAUCAUCGAGGAGGGGCGAGACCCCAACCUGCCCGAAAACCAUGCCACCAGCUCCGGCAGCAGUGCGUCCGUUCGCCCACAACACUCUAUCCUGCGUAAGGGAUCGAUGGCAGCGGCGGCUCGUGCACGUGGUGAAUCCUUGUCUCGACCUGGUCGCCACGUGGAUUUCUCUCUAGGCACGUCGCAGCUGGCGUCGGGCGAUAUUAUGGGAGACGUUUUUGAAGACCGAAGUCCUUCGCGGCUCGAAGCAGUCGUUCGCAACGCCAAUCGUGAGGCUCUAGAUCGCCGGAUUCGAGAGGACGACGUAGCGUCGCGCGAGUCGCUUUCGUCGCGUCACCGCCACCACCCGCUCCGGCAGCAGCAUGACGGGGCGCCUUCGCGAUCAUCGAUGGAGUCUCAGGCUGGUGGUUCUGUGUUUGGACGGCCGAGUCAGUCAUCUUCGUUGCAUGGAAGUCGGUUUUUGUCUCGAUUUGGGUCUCAGCAUAGUAGUAGUAGAAGGAGCGGUGAUGAUGAUCAUCUGAUGGAGCAGGGGCAGUAUCGUCCUUGA